ACAACAUCUACAGCUACGCACGACACGAUCACAGGCGCACCUACAUUGGCCCCGCUUGUUACUUCUGAGGGGGAACUUCAGCUUCUUCUGCCGUACAAACCCUUGGAGAGCUCAUAAUUACUCCUACUUGCCAUUCAAUAUUUCAUAUCUGUCAACUACUCCCAUCCCCGCAUAACGCCAGCUUCAACCAUCCACACUCGGUCAAAAUGUCACAAAGCCAUGCCCUCUCGGAUGACCAGGUGGCGGGCGAACUCCGCAAAAUGACCGCCUUCAUCCGCCAGGAAGCCCUCGAGAAAGCCCGCGAAAUCCAACUCAAAGCUGACGAGGAAUUCGCCAUCGAGAAAUCCAAACUUGUCCGUCAAGAGACUGCCGCUAUCGACCUGCUCUAUGAAAAGAAGUUCAAACAGGCCGCAAUGUCCCAGCAAAUCACCCGCUCCACCCUCGCCAAUAAGACCCGUCUUCGCGUCCUCACGGCCCGCCAAGCAUUGCUCGAUGAGCUGUUUGACCAGGCCAGGGAGAAGUUAGCGAAUGCGGCUACAAAUGCGAACGGGAUCAGGGGGAGUGGUGGAGACGGGUAUCAGGCUACGUUGAAGGGCCUGGUGUUGGAGGGGUUAUAUGCCUUGAAUGAGAAGAAGGUGGAGGUUAGGGCGCGAAAGAAAGAUUGCGGAAUUGUUAAGAAAGCGAUUGAAGAUGCGAAGAAGGAGUUUAAAGAUCAAGCCGGCAAAGAAGUUGCGGUCGACCUUCUGGAGAAUGAUCCGCUGCCUGAGGAAUCAGCCGGAGGCGUCUUCAUCGUCGGCACGGCGGGCAAAAUCGACAUCAACAACACCUUCGAAGAAAGGCUGCGGUUGCUUGAAAUCGAUGCCCUUCCUUCUGUUCGAGAAACGCUGUUCGGCAAGAAUAAGAACCGCAAGUUCUAUGAUUAAACGGCCUAGACCAUUUCCUUUGUCUUGUUAAAGACUUUCUUUCUUUUUCCCUCAUCUUGGUGCGUCCUUGACGGGUUCUUCUUCCCUGGUUUAUGGAUGCAAUUUUAAAUCCAACUUGCCUUUUGAUUUAGUAUGUUUGCUUCGUUUUCUUACCUGAGCUAUUGCAACUUGUUUCAUUAAUAUCUCUUUCUCUGGCGAUAGGCGCUAUUGUAUUCCUGUUCUUUUCAAAUUGUCGACGUAUACUACUAGUAUUUGUAGUGGGGUUUUAGAUCGGCCCAAGGCGCUUUCUUCAGUCCUUCCCUCGGCCUGGGCUGGCUCUCAGGGUUUAGGCAUGCAUCUAUAUACUUGGUUGUUGUAUUUGAUGUUCUAGAACUAUGUAUCACUUCUUGAAGGGUGGUGGGAUAAUAUUUUAAUAGUAGUCAAGGAAUAGUUACACCCGACUUCUGAACGGGCACAUCCC